CGGACGCAUGCGCGCGGGGAGGUGUGACGUUGCACAGCGGCCCGGACGUAGGCGUGAGGCAGUCGGACCCCAGGAACCCCAGUGGCGUCCUUGCGGUCACGCGCCCUGCUUCGGUGCUCCGCGGCGGCUGGAGAGUUCGCAGGUGGAAAAAUGGCAUUUGUGAAGAGUGGAUGGUUGCUGCGACAGAGUACUAUUUUGAAGCGUUGGAAGAAGAAUUGGUUUGACCUGUGGUCAGAUGGUCACCUGAUCUAUUAUGAUGAUCAAACUCGGCAUAGUGUUGAGGAUAAGAUCCAUAUGCCAGUAGACUGCAUCAAUAUCCGCAUCGGGCAUGAGUGUUGGGAUAUCCAGCCUCCAGAUGGGAAGCCAAAAGACUGUAUGCUGCAGAUUGUUUGCCGAGAUGGGAAAACUAUCAGUCUUUGUGCAGAAAGCACAGAUGAUUGUUUGGCCUGGAAAUUUACACUCCAGGAUUCCAGAACAAAUACAGGUUAUGUUGGUUCAGAUGUCCUGUAUGAUGAAACAGCUGUGGCUUCUUCCCCACCUCCUUACACAGCCUAUGCUGCACCAACCCUGGAGACAUAUGGCUGUGGUCCAUACAGUGGUGCAUACCCUCCAGGAACUCAAGUUGCCUAUGCUACAAACGGGCAGGCUUAUGCUGUACCCUACCAGUAUCCAUAUGCAGGACUUUAUGGACAACAGCCUACCAACCAAGUCAUCAUUCGGGAGCGGUAUCGAGAUAGCGACAGUGAUCUGGCACUGGGCAUGCUGGCUGGAGCUGCCACGGGCAUGGCCUUAGGGUCUCUGUUCUGGGUCUUCUAGAAUCCUUCAGAUCUGGAUGUGCCUAGCUUCUGAUGCCCUAUGUUCAAUACUAUAAUUUGCAGGGUGUUUCUGUUGGUGAUAAAUGUUUUUAAUAAUAGUUAGAAUAGUUCUUUUGAAACUGGUGACAUCAUAGUUAUAACUAAUCCAUCUACUGUAGAGAAGACUUCUGACUUCUGUUUAGCUAAAACAUGGACUCUGGGUUACUGGCUCAUUCCAGAAAUUUCUUGUAGAACUCUCAGAAUACUUUAUUUGAACAUACUUGUUUUGGGCAUUUUCUUUUCAGUUAGGUGUAAUGCUUAAGGGACAAUUUACUUUAGUGUUAUGUUACUAGUCUGAUGGUGUAUGAGUGAGUUAUGUGGCAAGGAGAACUGCAGCUUCUUUCUGUUUAACAUCAAACUUUCAAGCCUCAGAUCAGAACUGGCUGCAUGUAACUUCAGGAAUUGUGGACUGCUAAGUUCUCAGGAACUUCGCUGAGGCAGUGGGGUUGGUAUUCCCAUGAUGUGGGUACAGUUACUGCUCAGGAUGAUGGGGAAAGGGCAGCCCUCCCUCUCCCCUUCCCCCCUUUAAAAUGAUUCUUCAUUUUAUUCUUUGUUUUCUUGGUAGUAAUACUUGGAAAAUGUCCCACAUUAGGAAUUGACUUGAGCCUUGAGGUUUUAGGGCUUUAUCCUUGAAAACUUGAAGAAGGCAAAAUAGUUAUAAGUAUGUGGAGGUAGGUUUGUUAUUCAGAGACAUUAUGUUUUUAGUGUCUGUUUUGAGUAUUUUUAUUGCCACCUCAGCCUACUUAUAGCUUAUAUUUCUACCUGUUAAGAAAGUGCUAUUAAAAGAAUGGUGAGGAAAGUGGAAUGAGAGCCAUAGUUACAGUGUUAACUGUGUCAGGCCUCCAGAGAUUGCACUGUGCAGAGGAUGCUCUUUUCUGUCCUUCUAAAGGCUGUUAAAGAGCAGGUGUCCUGUUUUGUGCAGGACUGGGGCAUUGUGGCUGUCCCCCAAGCACUGGGGUGCGUGGAGCCCUUGUGGUGCAUAGUGAGAGCUCUUGGGACCUUGGCUGUGGGGAAGACUCAGGUUAUAGAUGGCAAAUGAGGCCUAAGGACUUGAAUGACUUGGUGUCAUGAUAUUCUUCAACCUGACCAGGUUGCCAGCUUUGUUUUUAUUCCUGACUCAGAGAAUCUUAAACAUUUAAUUUUGAGUCCCAGCUAUGUGUAAAGCUCACAAAACCCCAAAUCCUACAUUUCUGUUAUUUAUGUAAAUUUUUAAAGUGCCUAAUUAGUGCAUUUUUCUGUCCUGCAUGCUUUAAAAAUGUACUUCUACCAAGGCAGUUUAGCACAGUAAUAGUCCCUGUCCUUGCACUCCAUGUAGCCAUGCUUCCACAGAAUAUGCUCCUAGUAACACAAAAUAUUUUUAUUUUCUAUGGCCAGUUAUAUACAUAGCUCAUUUGUUUUAUUGGUCAACUGAUUCUAUCUCUGAGCAGACUUAAAUAGAUUUCCAUUUGAAACCAUCUGCCAAGCGACCUUUCCUGGACAGUUGUGGUGAACCUACUGCCACUGUAGAGUCUGUAUCUAGCUGAAAGGAGGUACACUUGACUGUCACCUCUUUGGAUAUUUGGGAUGGUGGAAAAUGGCCAGAUGUGUGACAAUGCUGGUUUUGAUGGUUAAAAAUGUUGCUUUUAUGAUUUUACAUCCUAUAUAGUAAGAAUGGCUUUGUUGAGAUUGUAGUCAUUACUAGAGCUGGAUGCUUUACUAAUAAAAUAUUAAACAGUU